AUGCGACCACCAUGGCUCAUCCCACUAUGCGGGUUUCUAGGCUUAUCAACCGCCUUCGCAAAGGCCCCAAACAACGAAAUCCCAAUCAAAAAUGAAAAUCACAUCUUCAAUGUGAUCCAAGACUCAAUGCGCCAGUGGGGAUCGUCUCUACACCACAACGGCGUGUCGUUCUUCCUCGCGAGUAUUCCCGCCGGCACACAAUUAUACCAUGGAACCUCCGAGGCCACCCCGGUGAAUGGCACCGAGUGGCUGGCGUUCGAGCCUGAACAUGCAAUGGAUGGAGGCCAUGGUGAGCUGCGGAAGCGGGAACCUCAUGACACAGAUGAGAAACACCAUGGCCCGACAGGUGGUCGCCCACCAAUGGCAUUCGAUGAGAAUGAGGCCGGGUAUUUGCAUACGUACGCUGCAGCCAAGGAUCUCCGUCUUUUGUAUCUCGAUGGUAUGUCUGCUGCCAAGACAUCGAAGGGCACACUUGAUUCCCAGGAUGCGAUUUUGUUCAACGGCGCACUAGAUGAUUCUCCGAGUCGGGGUAAUGGGCAGGAGAACGAACGUGCCAGACUAGCUUGCGAGAUGGCCGAGAAUGAAUGGGAGGGUCGCAUCGACGGUGUUCUACGCAUGGAAGCUGGCUUUGAGAUUAUCCUGUGCGACUUUGGGCGCGAUCUAACCCCCGUGCGAAUCACGCAGGUCAAGCAGAACUCUGAGAAGCAACGUGGACCUAGUGGUAACCGUAAACAUGGCGACGGGGGUGGGUCUCACAAAGAGGAUGGUGACAAGCACCACGGCAGUCCUGGUCCAGGGAAGGAGGAUGACGGAAAGCGACACGGCCCCGGUGGUCCUGGAGGCCCUGGAGGAGGCCCUGACUCAUCGCGAUGGAUGCGCGCAAUCACCGCGCGCUACAACGGAAUCGGUGGGAACCGAGUUUCGCUGAACUUCAACCACUUCGUGACGGCCUUCUCUCACAACGUGGACCUUUUCCGAGAUAAUCCAACCCUCCCCCGACUUGCCAGCCUCUCUCCUAGGAGUCGGGCUUUUCUCCGUUCCGAGGUCACAUCUCUGAUCUUGACGCAGAAUGCUGCCGAUGUCAGCGAGGACUGGCAAGCGAUUACGGAUAUGAUCGUGACUCGGUACAGCAAGGAGCUAUCAUAUUUUAUUUCCGGUAGUAUUGAGUCAAUCGAGCGGCUGCAGUCCGAGGUUGAGCGUGUCUUGUCUCCGUUCAUUGAUUACAGUGAGCGAGAUGAUGUUGCUGAGAGCGAGCGUUGUGCGACUCAAUUCUUGCCGUUGGGAGCUUUGGGAAGUGGGGGUCUUGCGGUGCAGGCUGUUCACGGUGUCGCUUACAAAAUCUGCUCGUCUUUGAUCGAGGCUGGGAAGGAAAAUGACCUUGAGGCUGCGGUUCGGGUUGUUCGGGAUCUGGUUGGUUAUCUGGAUUGGGCGACGUGGAAGGAGUGCAGUGGUUGUGCGGCGAAUGAGAUUUGUGUCGUGCCUAUCUGGCCCAUGGGUACGAUCCAGGACUAUGAGAGCCCUCAGUGCAAGGAUGCAUCGAACCCGUACGACCAGGGUGGAGAGAGUUACUGGGGUGGAAUGUGCCACUGA